AUGAGAGUCGUCACAGCUGUAACUGAUGGUUUUUACUCGAUCGGGACACAAAACAUUCGGCAAACAUUCACUUGGAAUCAACUGGCUCCAUGUGGAGCUGAAUUCCUCUCGAUCAAUUCAAUUCCGGACGGGGAGACAUCGUUGAGAACUGCUGUUGGGGCAGCAUCGAUCUCUGGGAGCCAAGGUCACGCUCAUUGCUUGUGGCUGAGCGGAUGUACGACAAAUCGAUGUGCUUGUCGAAAGAAGAGUCCACUUUGCGACUCGAGAUGCCACCAUGCAAGAAGUUGUACUAACAAG